UGUAGGUUUUGGAGAAGUACUUAUAUAGAAAUUUAAAGUAAUGUAAAAACAUUACACUUGUACAUAAUUAUCUAACUGUGUGUGUGUAUGUGUGUGUGUGUGUGUGUGUGAGUGUUGGACACAUGUAUGAGUUGCAGCUGUCAUUCAACAGGCAGCAGGAUGUGAGGAAGGAUGAAGAGAGAUUAAAUAAAAGAGAGAGAGAGUGAGAGAGAGAGAGAGAGAGAGAGAGAGAGAGAGUGAGAGAGAGUACAUCAGCUCUAAUCUUUCAUCCAUUGCGGGUAUGAUGGAGAGACGGAGUGACACGUCUUUCUCAAGGAAGAGGAGUUUUACGUUUGGAGCGUAUGGAGGGAUUGAUCGGUUCAUCAGUGACAGUGAGAGCAGUCGCUCUGAGUCUCUUGGUCACAGCAUUCUGGAUAUUUUAGACUCUCCAUCCAAUGAGACUAAACCCUUCGUCCCCACAAACUCCACCCAGAAGGUGACGGAGCUGUUCGAGAUCAUUGAGAAGCUGCAGGGCAGCAGAUUAGAUGAACAACGCUGUGAGUUUCCUCCACCUUUUAAAUCACGGCUGUUGAGGAUAGGGGACGGUCUGCCCCUCAUUCUGCCCCCAAAAUCUGGAGGUUACUGGAUCGACCCUCCUUUAGACAGACGUGUGGAGACGAGUCCCACUUCCUUCAGUCCCUCCUUCGGCCUCGAAUCCUACGACAUCAUGGAGCGAGACAGCGAGGCCAAGAUCUACCAGGAGUUUUUCAGACACAGGUACCAUCACACGUUCACUGCAGUAGAUCCCUCUCUCGGGCCACUCGUUCUUUCCAUCUGUCUGGAGGAGGAGGAGAACCGACUGAGGGUCAUUCUCAGGAUGAACGAGUGCUCCCUGCACGCCACCUUCUCCGUCUUUCUCUUCCAGAACUUUCCAACAGCUGUGGAGCUCACAAAGAUGCUGUGUUCCAGUGUCACUGUGUCCAACUUUGAAGUGGUCAGUUACCUGAAGGCUCCAGAGCUGAUAACAGCAUUUGAUGAACACAGAAUGUCUCAAAACUUCAAAUUUGGUGUUUUAUAUCAGAAGGAAGGACAAUUAACAGAGGAGGAGAUUCUCAGUAAUAAUGAAGAGAGUGAGGAGUUUAAACACUUCCUGUCUAUUCUGGGACAAACCGUUAAACUACGAGGAUUCACGGGCUUCAGAGGGGGCCUUGAUGUGUCACAUGGCCAAACAGGAAGUGAAGCAGUGUUUACAUCCUUUCACGGCCGUGAGAUCAUGUUCCACGUAUCAACUAAACUGCCCUUUACAGACGGAGACACGCAGCAGCUCCAGAGGAAGCGUCACAUCGGUAAUGACAUCGUGGCCGUAGUGUAUCAGGAAGGCAAAACGCCUUUUCUCUGUGAUGUCAUCAGCUCCCAUUUCCUGCACUGCUUCAUCGCUGUGAGGAGAGUCAAACGAGAAAACGGGGCAGAUGGAGGGGACGGGGGGGCAUUUCAGGUGUCCAUCACAGCCAGAGAGGAUGUGCCCCCGUUUGGCCCGCCUCUCCCAAACCCUCCUAUAUUUACUGAGGGUUCUGUGUUCCGCGAGUUUCUUCUUACCAAACUGAUCAAUGCAGAGAUUUCAUGUUACCGAGCUGAGCGCUUCAGUAAACUGGAGCUGCGCACUCGUUGCUCUCUGUUGGAGGCACUGAGGUCUGAGCUAUCCUCACGCUCCCACUGCAUGAUGGGAAACUCAGCACCGCACACCAGCACAGUAGCCCCGCCUCCAGAAGCAGGGGGGGGAUUCAUUGAAAACUUUAAAAGAGCUAUACGGGUGCGCAGUCACUCUUUUGACACAUUGGGAGUUGUAAAGAAGACAGGAGGCCAGAAACAACGGGAUGCUGAGAGUGAAGCUGGACACUGCAGCCCACUGGAAGACGUGUGCCAGCCGUGACCCUUAUUUCCUGUCUUAGAGGAGAUAGAAGACAUUCAUGACCAUAGAGACAUCUGCAAUUUCUAGUUUUUAAGCUCCAAAUUGACUCGUCUCACAUCGCAUGACAGGACUGGCACAAGGGAAAAUCCCUGGGGCUCGGCUAGUUAGCAUUAGCAUACAUGAUUAAGAGGACACAGUGACACUAAUAAACACAUCUACCUUAUGUUUCACAAAACACAGCUUCGUAGAAUGAUUUAAUUUAACCUAAUGUGGGAUAUUUUAAUAUUCAAUAUAAAGAACAUGGCACAUACUAAUUAUUACAUAUAUUACAUAAAUCACUUUCACAGUCUCACUGUCUACACACAAAAAUCCUUCAAAUCAUUUCAUUCUGAUUGUAAUUCUAAUUCAUACUCUCGGUGUUGAUGUGUGUUUUUCAGACAUGGAUUAUACAUUCUAUUUAUAUAUUUAUCAAGUGAUUAUAUUACUGUGUAAUUCAUUCUGCAGUCCCCA